AUGGGUACUCACAGCGUUGAGUUGACCUUGAACAAGACCAACAUUGCGCAGAGCCACUCUUACCCGCCAUUCCGGCUCGUCAACCGUGUCUACGGUAGCUACGAGUACACCUCAACCAUCACCAUUAGUUGGGUUCCAGGUUACGGGCAGUUCUCAAUCAUCGAUGAACCAUCUAACACGGGGCACUCUUCUUCAAUACUUCGCUCUCUGUUGCCGGGGCCGGAUGCGACACUCGGUUUCGAAGUCACAUCCUUGACCCGCGCCGGCGAGCACGGUCCAUACGGGCCACCACACAUCUCAUGGGAGGGCAGUCUCAAUUAUGAGGCAAUAUCCCGAUACAAAUGGACCGUGGAAGCUUCCCACCUGAUCCAAAUCUUGGAAGACACCCCAGGACAGACUCUCAACCUCCUCCUGACGAUCAGUAUCUACCAUAGAGAUUCGAAGUACUCCCCGGCCUGUAUUGGCAAGCGACUGCAAGACUACGAACGGUGUCUCAUUGCGUCCGAGCAGACCAAAGCUGAGCUUGCGGGUAAGUUACAAGAAUCGCGUGAAGCAUGCACCAAAACUCUCAUCACGUUGAUAUUGUCGACCUGUGCUCACUCACACAUUGCAGAUGCUCGGCUCAAGCGACACCUCCACGAUCUUCGCUUCAUCUUUCGCCCUUCGAAUCGGAUUCUUUACGAGAACGCGCAAUAUCUUCGCUCGAAAUGCUCCUACUUCGACGAUCUUCUGAGCUCCACCUUCAAUGAGGCGCAGAAACGAGUUGUCGGCGACGAGGAGACGUGGUCCGAUUCAACGAUGCCGCUCGCCUCGGAACCUUCCUCCAUCACGUGCCAUGUCCCCAUCCACACGAUCGUGAUCGACGAGGAGCGCAGCGAUACCUACGCCUCGUACAAUACCGUGCUUGACUGGGUACAUUGCCAACAAGCCACUUUUGGAUCAGUCGAAAUCUCCCGCGCGGAGGUCCAAGCCCACCCCCUCGAAGCACCUUUGCAGAACAGCCUGGUCGACGACUCGCUCGACAAAACUUCAGAACGCGGCUCGUCUCUUCCUCCUACGACGCCAACGGUUCCUUCGGCCGAAGGCGUCUAUAGGCUCUGUGAUCGUCUAGGUCUCUCUGAGCUCCGGAACUUUGCUUUUGGCGCUUUCAAGUCAGACAUGACGUCGUCCCAAGCGCCCUACCUCUUGUUUUCAACUUUCUCGUGCGACUUUAAGGAGGUUGCCGAGUUUUGCAUCGAGUAUUGCGCUACGCAUUGGUCCGAGGUGGACCAAGCGCCCGAGAUGGAACACAUACGCUCUUUGAUCGAACAAGAUCAGUUGGCGAUUGGGGCGGCCGAAGGAGCCCGGUUGUUGUCUCGGCUCUUCGUUCGAGUGAUGAGCAAAAAUUCAGGAUGA